AUGUCCAGUCCUCUGAGAAGCAACCGCAAAAUCGACCCAGAUGCCUCUCUGGUGCUGGUCGGGAUUCGCGGCUGUGGGAAGCGCUCGUUGGGCUUCGUCGCGGCCACCGCAUUGAAACGCCGGUUCAUCACCGAGGACCACUAUUUUAAAGAAGUCACCGGCCUGACGCGUCAUGAGUAUCUGAAACAAUUCGGCAGCCAAGAAUUCCAACAUCGCGACAUCGAGGUAUUGAAGAUGAUGCUGGACAAGCACCGUUCGCGCUGCGUGAUUGAAUGCGGGCUGGGUAGUUUGACCCGUCCGGUGCAGGAGCAUCUGCGUCAGUAUGCCACUACCAAUCCUGUUGUGUAUUUGGUGCGUGACAUGGACCGCAUCCAACGCCUGUUGGGGCUGGAAGAUCAGGCGGUCAGACGGCUGUGUGACGGUGAUCCGCUACAUCGAAACUGCUCUAAUUUUGAGUUCUAUAACGUCGAGGAUCGUUCCAGUGUGACCGCCGACGAGGAUGCGCCGGACCGCCGAUCCGUCGAUUACUCCUUCAAGCUCAAGGAAGCUAAAGAGGACUUUACGCGAUUCGUUCAGUUUAUCACUGGGACAGACGUGGGUAGCUCCGGGUACGAUUCGCCGUUCGUCUUGCUGGAGACACCACCGGAGUUGCGGUCCUUCACCCAUGCCAUUUUUGUGCGGUCCUCCGAGAUGAUUGAAGGCGCUGUCAAUCUUUGCGGCCUCGAGUCUGGCGGUGAUGCGAUUGAGCUCUGUAUUGACCGUUGGGGUCCCGGAAUGGCGAGUACCGUGAGCAAGCAGGUGUCCUUGCUGCGGCGGAGUGCUCGAGUUCCCAUCCUCUUCUCGAUCGACGCUUCAUCCUCUGGUAUUGGCCGGGAUCUCUCCCCUACGCAGCUCCGCGAUGUAUAUUUCGAGAUUGUAGAGCAUGGCUUGCGACUGGCCGUUGAAUAUCUUGCCAUCGACCUUGGCCAGGACCGCACGUUGUUCGGUGAGGCCGUUCAGAAUCGGGGGAUGACCAAAAUCAUCGGCCAGCAUGUAUAUGAACCAUCGGCUCAUGUGUCGUGGGAGGACGAAGAAUGUAUGUCGAUGUACCUCGAAGCCGAGACGCUUGCUUGCCAACUGGCCCGCAUCCUGCGGGUAGCCACCGAACGCGAAGACAACGCCGCCGUUGCGAAAUUCACCAACAAGAUCCAGUCACUCCCGGGCAAGCACAUUCCCAUCAUCGCCUACAACAUCGGCAGUUUAGGACGGACGUCGCAGGUGUUUAACUCGAUCUUGACCCCUGUGACCCAUCCCGCGAUCAAGCGGUCUACCGACAACGAAAGGGAUCCUCUCAUCACGUCGCGAGAUGCAGUGCAGGCACUGUUCCAAAGCUACGUGCUAGAUCCGCUUCAGUUUUACAUCCUCGGAGGCAGCGUGGCGUACAGUCUGUCGCCCGCGAUGUACAAUGCCGCGUUCCAACACUGUGGAAUGAACCAUACGUACAGCAUUCCCGAGUCUCCCACACUGUCCGCGCUUGACCGGCUGGGCCGGGAUCCGCACUUUGGCGGGACCAGUGUUGUUCAACCGUGGCGAGUGCAGGUUUCCCAGAAGCUCGCUUCGAAAAGCGGACAUGUUGAGGCCAUUGGGGCCAUCAAUACCAUCAUGCCUUUGCGCGCGCGGGCCGAUGGAACGGUGUUCCCUCUCCAGGAGCAAGCCAGCCGUCGGAACCAGGCUGGGCCUGUCUUGGGCUGGUACGGAGAGAACACCGACUGGGUUGGGAUCGUAUCGUGUAUCAACCGCAAUCUCUCUCCACGCAAUGCCAUCAGUCCGCUCAAGACGACCGGCUUGGUGAUUGGAGCUGGUGGUUGGGGCACCAGAAGUGGUGCAUGUGCUCAAGUCGGUGGAGGAUGA